AUGGCGCGGGCCGUGCUGGCGCUGGGCGAGGGCCUGCAGGCCGAGGCCACCUGCCCCGUCUGCCUGGAGCUCUUCUGCCAGCCCGUCAUCACCGAGUGCGGCCACAGCUUCUGCGGCCGCUGCAUGGCGGCCGUGCUGGGGGCCCCCCCGCGCCCCGCCGCCUGCCCCCAGUGCCGCGCCAGCGUGGCCCCCGGCUCGCUGCGGCCCAACCGCUCGCUGGGCGCCGUGGCGGGGCUGGCGGGGGCCCUGGGGGACGAGGCGUGCCGGCCCCGCUGCCCGGCCCACGGGGAGGCCCUGGGCCUCUUCUGCGAGGGCUGCCGCCGCCCGCUCUGCGCCCUGUGCCGAGAGGAGCCCCGGCACCGCGACCACCGCGCUCGCCCCGCCGAGGAGGCCGCUGAGCAGCUCCGGGAGACGCUCCAGAGCAACCUGGUGUUUCUACAAAAAGAGAAAGAAGAAUUUAAGCCCGAAGGAGAAAAGAAAAGCGAUGGCCUGCUGGGGAAGGUGGCCUCAGAGCGGCAGAGGCUGCGGGACACCUUCAAGCAGCUGCAGGAGUUCCUGCGGGAGCAGGAGGACGUCCUGCUGGCCCAGCUCGACAAGGCGCACGGGGAGCUCGCCAAGGAGCGCCACAAAUACGUCUCCAGCGUUUCGGAGAGGAAAUCGAUGCUGGACAAGCUGAUUGCGGAGAUAGAGAAGAAACGUGACCAGCCGGUGGUUGAGUUCCUUAUGGAUGUUGGCAAAACCCUGAGCAGAUGCGAGGCGGUGAAGGCCCCGAUCCCGGAGCCGGUUUCCCUGCAGCUGCAGACGACCGUUAAGAACCUCUCUGAGACGAGCCAGCUGGUUGUGGAUGCGGCGGCCAAAUUCAAAGUGAACCUGCUGAGCAAGAUAGACAGAGAAAGGGUGAAGGUGACGCUGGACCCAGAGACGGCAAGCCCGUACCUGAUCCUCUCGAAGGACUGCAAAACCGUGCGGCUGGGAGACGGACAGCAAAACCUCCCUGACAACCCCAAGAGAUUCACUGGCAGCCCCAGCGUCCUGGGCUCCCAGGGGUUCACAGCCGGGAGGCAUUACUGGGAGCUGGAGGUAGGGGACAGGGACAGCUGGGCUGUGGGGGUGGCCGUGGAGUCCGUGCGGAGGAAGGACUCGCUCAGCGUGGCCAUGGGGAAGAUCUGGGCCCUGCGGCUGGACUGGAAUCGCCAGUACACGGCGCUCCACAUGACCCCCGCCCCACUGGCACUGAUGGAAGAGCCCCAGCGGAUCAGGGUCCACCUGGACUACGAAGCGGGCCAAGUGACCUUCUACAAUGCGGAGAACAUGAUGGAGAUCUUGCAGUUCAAGGCCUCCUUCACCGAGAAGGUCUUCCCAUACUUUUGGCUCUGGUCACAAGAAACCUACAUCCAGCUGUGUGCCUGACGGGGGUCAGAUGCCUCCCUGUUUCCUGCCCUGUGCCCUUGGCUAGCUGAGCAGGCAAGAGGUGUGGAAAUGGUGCAGCAUCGUCUUGCAAACUCACUGCAGCUCUGCCUGGGCUGGAUCCCCUCUGCACAUUGCUGCAUCUCCUGCUGCCAAGUCCUUUAGAGCAUUAA